AUGGAGGUGAAAAAUGCAUUUUUGCACGAGGAUCUUGAAAAAGAAGUCUUUAUGAAGCUUCCACCUAGUCAUCCUCAAAUCAAUAAUUGUAAGCUACACAAAUCUAUUUAUGGAUUAAAACAAUCCCCACGUGCAUGGUAUGCCAAGUUGAGUUCAGUUCUAGAGGUAGUUGGCUUCCAGAGUAGCAAUGCAGAUUCUUCUCUAUUUGUUCGAAGUGGAUCUGUUGGAAAAUUGGUGGUCCUCAUCUAUGUUGAUGAUCUCAUUGUCACGAAGUUUUCAAUCAAAGACCUAGGAGUCUUGAAGUACUUUCUUGGCAUUGAAAUGGCCACUUCACAUGAAGGGUUAUUUUUAAAUCAACGCAAUUAUGUUCUUGAUCUUCUUAAAGAGUCUAGCAUGCUUGACUCCAAACCUGCUCAUACUCCUUUAGACAACAAACUCAAGCUUGACAUGGAAGGUGAACCCCUCAACAACAUCAGCUAUUAUUAG